AUGCCGGAACUCCGCCAGCGACAAACAACCGCGUCCUCCGGUCCCAAUCGCGACACAAACACACCAACACCCCAACCAUCACGCCACACCUCCAACGAAGACCGCGGCAUCAGCGUCCUGGACAUCAUCCGCGUGCUAGUCACCCUCGUCAUCGCAUCAUGCGGUCUUUCAUACUAUGUCACCAACUCUGAAUCCGUUUUAUGGGGAUACCGACCGUGGUAUACACGGUGGCCGGUACUGAAGUCGUACAUGAUCGGACCUAUAACACUCACCCCAACCGAACUAUCCCUCUACAACGGCAGCGACUCCUCGCUACCAAUCUACCUCGCCGUAAACGGGUCUAUCUUCGACGUAUCCGCGAACCCAGGCAUGUACGGACCGGGUGGUGGUUACGGAUUCUUCUCCGGCCGCGACGCAACACGUGCGUUUGUGACGGGGUGUUUCCAGGAAGAUCUCACGCCUGAUCUUGGCGGGGUGGAGGAGAUGUUUGUGCCGGUGGAGGAUGUUGAGAAUGAGAGGAUUACGAAUGGGGAGAGGAAGAUUCGGAAGGAGCGCGAGGUUAGACUUGCUAGGCAGCAGGUUGAGAAGACGGUGAAUAGGUGGGAAGGGUUCUUCCGGAAUCAUGCGAAGUAUUUUCAGGUGGGGAGAGUUAGUGGUGAGCAGGGGGAGGGCGAUGAGCUGUGGGGGAAGCGGCCUCUUUGUGAGGCGGCGGCUGGUCAAAGGCCGAAGAGGAGUGAGAUGGAGGGGAAGUAG